UGGAACCUUGCAAGUUUCAAGUUGGAAGGAACAAACUAACAGAGAGAGAGAGAUGGGAAAGAGCAUAAUAAGAGAGUUGGGAGUGGAGGACUUUGUGAAUGCAGGCUUAACAGUUAGAGAAGCCAAUGAAUUGUAUAAUGUUCUGAGGGAUGUUCUCUCCCUCUGUCCUUCUUCCUCCGACAACCCAACAGAUAUAUGGCGCCACUUGGUGACUCGGAGAGUGCUGAAGCCAUCCUAUCCACAUCCCUUGCAUCAACUUGUCUAUUACUCCCUUCAUGAUCACUCUUCCCAACCUCAUGCUCAUGCUGAUGCUGAUGCUGCCCCUCCUCUCUAUUGGUUCCCUUCUCUAGAGCAGUCCAAACGCACGAACCUGGGUCGUCUCAUGGAAACCUAUGGUCCUAAGCUUUUAGGAGCAUCCUACAAGGACCCUAUUACUAGUUAUCCUCUCUUUCACAAGUUUUCUGUUCAGCACCCUCAGGUGUACUGGUCCCUUGUUCUCAAGGAACUUUCUGUUUCAUUUGUUGAAGCUCCAAGGUGCAUUCUAGAUACUUCUGACCCUUCCAAACAUGGGGGAACUUGGCUUCCCGGUUCUGUCUUGAAUAUUGCUGAAUGCUGUUUGCAACCCACUUCGCACCCCAGCAAACAAGAUGACAGUUUAGCCAUCGUUUGGAGAGAUGAAGGUUUUGAUGAUUCCCAGGUUAAUCAUAUCACGCUCAAACAACUUCGACACCAAGUCAUGUUGGUGGCAAAUGCAAUAGACGCCACAUUCUCGAAGGGAGAUGCAAUCGCAAUUGACAUGCAAAUGACAGCCAAUGCCGUUGUUAUAUAUUUAGCCAUUGUUCUGGCAGGAUGCAUUGUGGUAUCAAUAGCUGAUAGCUUUGCACCAAAAGAAAUUGCAACUCGCCUGCGUGUUGCUAAAGCAAAGGGUAUUUUCACACAGGAUUUCAUAUCAAGAGGUGGCAGGAAAUUCCCUUUGUACAGUCGAGUCAUUGAAGCAGCUGCAUGCAAAGUUAUUGUGCUCCCGGUGAUAGGUGAUGAUGUAGGAGUACAAUUAAGAGAACAAGACUUAUCAUGGAAGGGUUUUCUUUCUUCUAACAGACAGCAUUCCAGGUCUCAUCAUUACUCUCCAAUCUAUCAAUCAAUUGAUUCUGUCACCAACAUACUUUUCUCAUCUGGAACCACAGGAGAUCCAAAAGCAAUUCCUUGGACUCAACUUUCACCAAUACGAAGUGCUGCUGAUGGAUGGGCCUUUAUUGAUAUUCAACCUGGAGAUGUCAGCUGCUGGCCUACAAAUUUAGGAUGGGUGAUGGGACCUACUCUAAUAUAUUCAUGCUUUCUAACUGGUGCAACUCUUGCUCUGUACCAUGGAUCUCCUCUAGGCCAUGGUUUUGGAAAAUUUGUUCAGGAUGCAGGUGUUACUAUUUUGGGAACAGUUCCGAGCUUAGUAAAAGCUUGGAAGAGUACACAAUGUAUGGAAGGCUUGGAUUGGACAAAGAUAAAAACAUUUUGUUCGACUGGAGAAACUUCAAAUGUUGAUGAUGACCUUUGGCUUUCUUCAAAAUCUUAUUACAAACCAAUUAUUGAAUGUUGUGGAGGCACUGAGCUUGCGUCUAGUUACAUUAUGGGAAGUCCACUGCAGCCUCAAGCUUUUGGAGCAUUUAGUACAGCAUCAAUGACAACUGGCCUUGUCAUCCUUGAUGAAAAUGGUGUUCCUUAUCCAGAGGACAUUUCUUGUGUUGGUGAAGUGGGCUUAUUCCCUCUAUAUCUAGGAGCAACUGAUAGAUUACUUAAUGCUGAUCAUGAGGAGGUUUACUUUAAGGGAAUGCCCAUUUACAAAGGAAAGGUUCUUAGGAGACAUGGAGAUAUAAUCAAAAGAACUGCUGGAGGCUAUUUGAUUGUACAAGGGAGGGCUGAUGACACCAUGAAUCUUGGUGGAAUAAAGACAAGUUCUGUCGAAAUCGAGCGUGUCUGUGACAGGGCUGAUGAAUGCAUUUUGGAGACAGCUGCAGUCAGUGUUGCUCCUGCAAAUGGAGGCCCAGAACAACUUGUUAUAUUUGUAGUUUUAAAGAAAGGAUACAACUCCAAUGCAGAAACUCUAAAGAAGAAAUUUUCUAAAGCCAUUCAAAGCAACCUUAAUCCUUUGUUUAAGGUGACCCUUGUUAAAAUUGUGCCAGAGUUUCCUCGAACAGCUUCCAACAAAAUACUAAGGAGAGUUUUGAGAGAUCAAAUGAAACGCGAGCUAUCAGUUCAGAGCAGACUUUAGUUACAUCUUUAAUCCUCAAAAGACCAAGGCAUGCAUCAAGAUUCAGUCCAUUUCAUGUGGAAAUAUGAAGAUUUUCACUAUAAUAUAUGUAGAGUAUAUUUUUUUCCGGGUGAAGUCCUUGGUGUGGAAUCAAAUUCUAUGCCAUGAAAAUUCUAAUGUACUCCUAGAAUAAUGCACUGAAACAACUUUGGUUUGAGAUAUGACAUUAUAAACCCACCAAAAUGGGGUUAGACUUAAGACCUCAAUGUUUUUAAUAGUUUAACUAAGUUAUGUCGUAGUCCUAGGUUUCAUCCUUC